AUGAUCGCAAUCUCGCAUGUCGGAAUUCGGACAGUAUUUUUCUCGGGUUUAUGGUUAUUCAUGAUCAUUGCUUUCUUUCACGUCUUUUACCGCGAAGAUCUCACGAGUAGCUCAGGACAAACGGAUUCCCUGUUAGAUACACGACAACAAUUCAAGGAUGUCGAAGUCCGUGUCCACAAAGAGUUCAACAUUGAUCCUGAGGAAAGAUUUUUAGCUUAUUUCGCCCACAGCGGAUUUCACAAUCAACGUGUGGCACUAGAAAAUGCAUUGUUACUUGCUAAAAUAUUGAACCGUACAUUGUUGAUGCCGCCGAUAUUAUUCGGACCACCCAUUCCAUGGGCAAGAUUUGAUAAGCUGUACGAAAAAUUGCUCGUGUCCACUAAAAUGGGCCUGGAACAUUGUUGGAAAAUACCGGAUCAAAUUCCAUUACCAGCCGAAUGUUUAAAUUAUUUUUCAUCCACGGCUGUAUCCUGGGACUUCUUAUUUGACAUGGAGCCUAUCAGAGAAUGGCACAAGAUCGUAGAUCGAUGGGAACCUUCCUAUGGAUGGUUGAGUCAGAAUCUUCGCAUUAGUCUGGAUGAAGAUUUUCAUUUCAUAAAGGACACCACAUUGUUCGACUACCGAAUCCACGAUUCAUCGUUCGGUUCGCCGCAAAAUGUGAAAUACAAGAGGAAAUUUGACAUCAAAGAAUUGGAGGAAAUUGACAAGAAGGUGUUACACCUGGGUUCCCUUUUCGGGUUACACAGGGUGACGGUCGAGAAACCGGAUAGCGUGGAGCACGCGAAAUUCAUCGGAAAACAUCUCAUUCCCCAUAAUACAAUAAUUCAAAAUGCAGCCGACAGCAUAGUAGAACAGUUGGGAGGGAUUGGAAACUUCAUUGGAUUGCAUAUACGCGUGUCCGAUGGGUUCUUCGUGACGACAGCACGCGAAAACGUUGACACCAUCUAUCGUCGAAUUGUCAAAUCAAAUACCAACCUCACAUUGGAAGAUUUAAAUAUCCUUGAAGGUGACACGCACGAUCAAGACACUUUGAUGGGCGGUUCGAUUCACGACAACGAGACAAAGAUCAAUCGACAUUUGGAAGAAAGGGGUUACAGCAAUGAUCGCGUCCAAUGUCGUAAAUCGCUUCAUCCCACGAACGCCGGAAUCAACACG